AUGAAAGGUCUUCUCUGGUCUAAGAACAGGAAAUCUUCUUCGACAAGUACUACUUCAGGCUCAACAUCCACGUCUCAAAAGACUACUUCUACGUCCACCGCAUCGUCGUUGUCGUCACCGUCAUCAUCCUCUCAAACGAUUCGGAACUCGACAAGUAGUGCUCCUCAAUACAUGCAUUCCCAUCAUCACCAUGGUCAGGGACACGGCUACUACAAAGGAGAAGACAGCAACAGAGAUAAGAGAAAAAGUUCUGUAUUUGCAUCCUCCAAACAGUAUACAUCGACCAGUUCCAGCCAGGUCAACUUAGGUGUGUAUCAUUCCGAUACGAACGCCAGGUCAUCGAGAAGCAUUGCUUCUACGCUAAAAGACGAUUCUCCCUCUAUCUAUUCCGAAGAGGAUGCCAGCAAUUCUUCCAGUCAGAAGUCCUAUGCCCAAGAUGAAGCUUCCAUGGCCCACAAAAAGAGUACACAUUCGAAAGAUAUGGCGUUGCCCUCUCGUUCAUCCUCUUUAUCACCUCCUCAAUCUCGAAGUAGUAAUGGAACCGCAUUUGAAAGAUCACUGAAUUCUGCCGGCAACAGCAACAGCAAUAACAAUGGUAACGAGGUGGAACCAAGGCAAAGGAAUGUUAUCCACCUAAGCUCUGACAACUAUGAUACAACUGUUUUCAAGACAGGAUGGGUGAAUAAAUCUCAUGGCCAAACUGUAGCAACAAACUAUAAUAGCUCGAUGACUGCCCCCACCUCGACCUCGACCUCUUCGUCUCAAAAUCUUCGUAAUGACGCUUAUUCCAGGAACAGAGAAAGCAGAUUCUAUGGUAAUGACAGCUCAUCUUCGAAAAAUGAUGAUAACACGAAUAGUUCGACCAUAAGCAAUGGCAAUGAUAUUGCCUCGACAAGAAGUAGCAUGGCUUUGGACCCUCAAAUGCUAGUGCCCGAUUAUCGUCUCUAUAGGGCACAAUUAAAAGGUUGCGUGCUCAACCUUUACAAAAGUGGUUUGAAUAGCAAUGUCAAAUUUUUCGAUCCAAGUUUACCAGCUUCAAACAACAAUAUAGCGAAUGAAAAUCAUCAACAAAAAAAGCAACAAACAAACCUCCAUGCUCAAGCAGAAGCACAGCUCCAAAGGCAAUCAUCUGACCAAGUGGGGGAACCCAUUACAUUAGAAUUGAAAUACUUAUCUGAAGUUUACCCUCAUCCAGAUUUGAAACUGGACAAUGAAGGCAAAAUUAUAUCAGGAACAAUAGAAAGUUUGUGUCAUGCAGUCUUAUUUUAUUCUGGUUCAAAGCAUUCAGGUAUACCUAGUGAAAAAUCCUUAUCAAAGACCCAUAGAACUGUCAUCAAUCUGUUAUUGAUGUUUCCAUUAAUAGAUCAGUUCAUUAAAUUUCUGAAAAUAUUCAAUCAGUUCGGUCUUUCUUUUACCAAAAAUAGGUCGAGAUUGACAAAUAAUUCCACACAAUUCUACAACAUAUCUCCAGCUGUCGAUGAAUCCAUGACCCAAAGAUUAGCCCUAGCGACUAAGACGAUCCUUGAUGUAUUUCCAGGGUUUCUUCUUGAUGAACCAAUGCUCAAAGCUAUAAUUUCUUUAUUAGACACUAUAUCUUUGCACAAUGAUGAAAUAUCGAACAAUUUAAAAAUCAAAAUUGCCAACAAGCAUAACGAAUUAAUGAAACUAACCGCAUUUAGUCGAUCUCUAUCAACGGCAACAUCAUCAACGCAUGAACUGGAGAUUAUUUUAGAUCCAAGUUAUUUCCUAUCUUUAGACAUCAAGACAUUAGCUGAUGAAGUUCAUCAAAUCAAUUUAAAAUUUGAUAAAGUUUGGGCCCCAAAAUUUGAUUACUCUCUGCUUUAUGACUCCAAGUUUGUCAAUCGAAGAAUCAUCUCAUUAAAUCCAUUGGUAUUUAAUAACAACCAAAAUGUCCAUUUUCUAGGACGACUAUUAGUGUCACAUUUAUUUCCAACAAAUCCUGCAUUUAGUAAAAAAGUAACUCCAAAAGUGAGAGCCGAGCUAUUAAAUAAAUGGGUCCAAAUUGGAUGUAGAUUUGAACAUUUGGGUGACAUGGUAUCAUGGCUAGCUGUUGCCACUAUUAUUUGCUCUGUUCCUGUUCUAAGAUCAUCUUCAUGGAAACAUGUUCCUGAUCAAUCCCUGAAGACUAUAUUCAAGGAUUGGGUUCCUACAAUUAUUCAAUUAGAGAGGCGACAAAGGACAUCUAAAUCUACAAGCAGUGUUUUCAUCCUCGCUCCACCUAACCUGGACGAUGAUUUUACAAGAGCCAAUGUCAUUUCCUAUUUUGGAGACUUGCUAAUCCACGCUGAUGAUUUGCCAUCCGACGCGAAAUUUAAGUACUUGGAGAAGAAAAUUAACAGAACUAAGAACGCUUUUCAUAAAUGGCAACAAAGAUUACAGGCAAUUGACUCUGCAAGAAAUAAAACUAACUCAUCUGGGAAUAUUGGGGAUAAUGAUUCAUCUACUAGCGUUGUUUAUCAGCUCUGGAAGUUCCAUUUAUCACAAUCUCCGCUGAACAUUGAAGGAAUAAUGAAACUAAGUCUUCAACACGAACCUCCAACAAUUGAUCAGAAAGCAUAUUCUACAAUUGGCUCUCAAAGAAGCGCUUUAGUAACUGGGAGUUAUUUGCCGAUUUUAUUCAAUGAACUACUGCCAAACUAUUCAUUGUUCCCUAAAAAUACGCUAGUAGGUGCUGCCAGUGAUGCAAAACUACCCCCACCAAGAUCUUCUGCCCGCCUUUCGAAGUCACUUUCGAUUAGCGAGCCAAUAAUGACUUCCAAUAGUCACACCGCAAGUCCAUUCACAGAUGAAGUUCUGUCCGCAUCCAGUGAUAAUAAUAAGGUAACAGGGGUUGGCAAGAUUGAUGGACCAGUGAUCAAAGAGAUGUCAUCAAAACAAUCAAAUAAGCAAAGGUUAUUAAAGUCUGUCAGAGAUGUGUUUAAUAUUGAUAUGGAUGUAUUUCAUAUAUCCGAUGAUUUAGUAUUCAAAUCUGUAUACGAUAAUGAUGGUAAGUCGCGUCCUGCUAGUAUGGUCAUAGAAACACCAAAGAGAUUCUCACAGCACUCUUCUAUGCUUAUUAACAACAUCGCUACUCCAAAUCAAAAAGUGAGAGAUUCCAUGGAUACUGCCGGAAGAUUAAGUAAGACUUUAGAGAAUAUGGACUUUUUCAAUAAUAUUGGUCAGGUCUCAGAUUCACUAAAGGAAUCCAUUAUUCAUGUGGUACUAAAAUCAUCUUCACUAGAAAAGAUUUUUGAUUUACUUGUAUUAACAACUAAUAUUUUCUCAAAAUUGGUUGAUACUAAAGACCUUGAGAAUUAUUACUAUCACCAAAAGCAGAGAAGUCACUCUAAUAGAGGCCCUUCCGAUGAUAACAUAGGAUUAUUGGAUUAUGCAUUCAUUAGAUUAACUAUGGACAAUGAUAUUUUCACAGAAACAUUCUUUAACACAUAUAAAAGUUUUACUACUACAACAGCAGUAUUAGAAAACAUGGCGAAACGGUAUGUUGGUGCCAAAAGUUGCAGUGUGUCGAUUUCCAAGAUUUUGGGUCGCAAUGGAGAUUCAAAAAUGAAGAUAAAUGAGGAUUCCAACUUGGUUUCUUCUUCAUUAUACGAUCAGAAUUUUCCUGUAUGGGACAUGAAAGUGAUUGAUGAUGAGAAUGUAAACCUUAUUUAUAUGGCCAAAAUUCAAAUUGGCGCUGCCGAAGCUAUACUUCAUUUAGUUAAAAAUCACUACUCUGACUUCACAGAUGAUUUAUCUAGCAACUCCACUUUAUUGGACAUUAUAAAAAUAAUGGAGCAAGAAGUAUCUACUGAAUGGCCUACGAGGAUUGCCAACCUCAAGGUACAGAAGGGCCUGCCAGAAAACUUUAUCAUUGAAUCAGAGAAUUUAUUGACUGUGCUAACCGAUCUAUUCCACAGUACUAAAUCAGCUUACCAAAAACAGUUAUACAGACCCAUUGGUGUUAAUAGAACUCAGAGGAGGAUAACCGACAAUUUGAAUUAUUUUAACAAGUUCUCCUUCACAGAUCUCAACAGUAUCAUUGAUGAUCCUUCUUUCAACGAUGACAUGAUUAGAUCUUUUCAAAAGUUACGCUCCACCAAUUACGAAGACAUACUAGAGUGGAUCUACCAAUUAGAUAAUUUUAUUUCCAAGAAGGUCAACUUAGUUUCUAAAAAAGAUUGGAUAGUUAUUUUUCAAGAGUUAGAGUUGCUUUCGAAGGAAUCUUUAGUUUCUUUCUUCAAUUAUCCAUUACAUUUCAAGUCAAGCAAACUGAUAAACCCUGGGUAUUUACAAUUACAUGAGUUUGAAAUUUCCAAUCUUUUUACCUGGAUUUCUACUUUGAUUAUCAAGGAUAACGAAGGCAAAGAUAGUCUUUUCUUUGAAAGACUUCCCCAGUCUAUACAGUUGUUAAUAAGGCUACACAUGAGUCUAACGACAUUCUUCCUAAUGGAAAUUUCAAAUGUCAACAGGAAUAGUGGUGAAAGGUUAAUUACUUGUAAAGUCAUUUUACAAAUAUUGAAUUAUAUUCGGUGGAAAAAUGGAAGUUUGGAUUUAUUUGAUUCAGAAGAGGAUGAAAGCCCUCAUGCCAUAUGUCCACAUAUCCCAGCUUUUAUUGAAACUGCUAUUACGCAUGCCAUAAUUUCACCAGAGUCAAGGAACUAUGAACUUUCGUGGAUCAAAGCUUCUGAAAGUCUUUCAGACACUACUAAAGAGACCCAUAAUCUAAGGUCCAUUAGUAACAUUUUAGAAAAGAUAGAUGACAUACAUAUAAAGAGAUUCAUUGAGAUUGAUGAUGUAUUCAGUAAAAGCUGCAAGAAUUUAUGCCCCUGUCCUGGUUGGUUUAUUUCAAGGUUGCUGGAAAUAUCUCAGUUUGUCCCUAAUAUGAGUAUAACCAAUUCCAAACUUAUCAACUUUGAUAAGAGAAGAUUUGUUAGCAACAUAGUAUCCAACAUACUAGAUUUAAUUCCUAACGAAAGAGAGCUUCCAUUUGAUUUUGAGUUAGCGGAAGAAAAUUCUUCAAAAAAAAAUACUUUUGGCCGUAUUCUGUUUAAUACCUUUGAAGAUCUGGAUAAAGCAUACAGAAAAAGGACGAAAAAAGUUUCAGAGUCAGAAGCUAUAUCGGAAAAAUUUCAAGAGCGGGGAAUUUUUAAUGAAGUUCUAGUCAAUGAAAUUGAGAAGAUUAAAAGAGAAGCUAGAAAAUUAGAGGUCUUACUCGACCAAGAAAAGACCUCAAAGAACUCUGCUGCUUUACACCAGACUGUUACGAAGAAAAAUAGAAAGUCUGUAAUUAUCACAGGUACUAAUGGUGACAACGAUCACAACUACAGUCCUAGUAAGACUGCUGGCCAAACAUCAUCUCUUGUCAGCGUUAUGGACAGCAGUAAUUCAGCAAGAAAUAGAAGAGAUUCGAGAGCUUCAUUUUCCACGAACAGAUCGUCAGUAGUAUCAAACUCUAGUCAUAAUGGGGUUAGUAAAAAGAUCGGUGGAUUUUUCAGAAGACCAUUUUCAAUCGGUGGAUUCAACACAUCAAGUUCUAAUUAUUCACUAAACAGCAUACUCUCACAAGAAAUUUCGAGUAACAAGUCCAUAUUGCCAAGUAUACUUCCAGAAGUCGAUCCCACGCAACUACAUGACUUGAAACCUAGUUAUACUUUAAAAACGUUCGAAAUCAAAUCAAUAAUGGAAAUAAUCAAUCACAGGAAUAUUCCAGCUUACUAUUUUGCAUUCAAGAUAGUCAUGCAAAAUGGUCACGAGUAUUUGAUUCAAGCGACUGGUUAUAAUGAUCUCAAUGAAUGGAUGAAAAUGAUCAAAGCCUCUAAGAGAUUCUCAUUCCAUUCGAAAAAAUAUAAAGGCAAAACCCAUAACAAGAUUUUUGGCGUACCAUUAGAAGACGUGUGUGAAAGAGAGAACACGUUGAUUCCUACAAUUAUUGUAAAAUUAUUAGAAGAAAUUGAAUUACGCGGAUUAGACGAAGUGGGGUUAUAUAGAAUUCCUGGUUCCAUCGGUAGCAUAAAUGCCUUAAAGAAUGCCUUUGACGAAGAAGGUGCCACUGAUAACUCCUUUACAUUGGAAGAUGACAGAUGGUUUGAAGUGAAUGCCAUUGCAGGAUGUUUUAAAAUGUAUUUAAGAGAAUUGCCAGACUCUUUAUUUUCUCAUGCCAUGGUAAACGACUUUACCGAUUUAGCCAUCAAAUAUAAAGCACAUGCAAUGGCAAAUGAAGAGUACAAGAGGAUAAUGAAUGAGUUGCUUCAAAAGUUACCCACAUGCUACUACCAAACUUUGAAAAGAAUUGUAUUUCAUUUGAAUAAAGUACACCAACAUGUUGCAAACAAUAAAAUGGAUGCAUCGAAUUUGGCUAUUGUUUUUUCUAUGAGUUUUAUUAACCAAGAAGAUUUGGCAAACAGUAUGGGAUCCAGAUUGGGAGCAGUCCAGACGAUCCUUCAGGAUUUUAUCAAGAAUCCAAAUGAUUAUUUCAAGCAAUAA